UCGAGAUGUCAGUGCGUCAGAAACCGUCGCCGCGCGCUCUUCGUGGCCGCCAAAAAGAGAAAGCCAACCAACGAGUAAAAGAGAAAGAUACAACAGGCCAGAGGGAGAUAGAAAGAGCCAGGGAGCUCGACCAGCUGGCACACAAAAAAAAAAAAGCGAAACAAGCCACCAAUUGAUUUUUCUCGGACCACGUUCAGGAACCUCUUCUAAAAACUUUAAAAACAAACCCCAGAAGAAAGGAGGAAGAAGCCAUCUCCAGGAUUUCCAUAUGGAAAUGAAAAUGGCGGAGGCCCAGGAGGUGCACGAGUCCAAGGACUCGGUAUUAUGUGCCUUCAGGGUCGAAGGCCAGCAGCUGGCAGCUGGCUCCGUCGAAGAGGAGCUCGACGAGGAAGCAGGACAAGUGGAACCAGAGCAGGAGCAGGAACAGGAGCAAGAACAGGAGCAGGAGCUAUUGAGCGAACGCUGGUCUCCAUUGGGCGCCAAUUAUGAUGAUGCCAAUAGUGCCAGUUCUGGCGUGGAUUGUGGUGAACUGGAAACUGUAUUGGAUGGCAAAUCGGAGACACGACGUGGCAGUGCUGGCAGUGAACUGUCCCGUCUGAGAAGCAUCGAGGAGGAGCAGGAGCUGCUCACCAGCUCCCUGCUGGCGCUGACCUCUCACUUUGCCCAUGUCCAGUUGCGAGUACGCCAGAUUGUUGAGGCUCCGGCGGAGGAGCGGGAUCAGUUGCUGCGCGACCUUGAUGAUUUCGCCUUCCAGGGCAUACCGGAGGCGGCGCAACCCAAAGAAUCCACAUCAUCAUCAAUGGAGAAGGACAACGAAAAGGAGCCUGGCAGCGACAGCCAGUUGAUUGAACAACUCAAGUCCCAGUUGACGGAAUUGGAGCAGUUGGCCUACGAGGCCGGUGAGCCUGGCAUCCUGCCCCAGCAGGUCCUGCUCGAGAAACAGAAGUUCAUCCUCGACGAACUGCGCUCCAAGCUCAACCUCCAGGUGGAGCAGCACGAGCUGCCAGCCCUCAGCACCGAGCAGUUGCGCCACCAGGUGGACAAUGCCAUCGGUGAGUUUGUCGGUCCUCUGAAGAUGAAGGAGCAGCUGGUGGCCCAACUGAAGACUCAGAUCACCGAUCUGGAGCGGUUCAUUGCCUUCCUGCAGUGCGAUGCCGAUCAGGGAUCGGCCGGGGAUCGUCUGAAGCUUCUAUCCGGCGCCUACAACAGCUACGCGGCCAAGCAGACGGCCAAGAUCUCCCAGGCAGCUCCCCAUCCCAUUGUUGCUCCCGUGGCAGCUGCUCCUCCGCCGGCCACUUCGUCGUCGGCCGGCGGAUCCAUCGGCCCCGGCGAGAGUCUGCACAGCAAGGCCCAUGGCCUCCUCGACAAGGCCUCGCUCCUGAUGCAGAUGUUCGCCAGCACGCACCUGGCCAAGCCGCGCCACGACGACUUCCAGCAGAACUCCCUCAAGAAGACGCACAAAGGCAACCACUGGGGGGAUCUGCGCGCCCAGCUGGAGGUGGACAUCCAGGAGGUGGCCGCCUUGGCCGCCACCUUGAGCUGCGACCGUGAAAAGCUGGCCAACAUCAAGCGUGCUCUGAGGCAGCAACGUACGGAGAACUCCACUGGCACGGCCAUCAAUGCCCAGAACGGAGCCCUGACCACCGUGCCGCCCCGAUGUCGACGGGCAGUGGCUGCUGGCCACGAGCUGGCGCCCUAUGCCGCCGGCGGCAGCGGUGCCGUGUCCUCCGACUCCGACGAGGACAUAUCCUAUGCCAACUUUGAGUGGGAGAAGGAAGGCAAGAGCCGGCGGAUAGCCCACAUGCGAGGCGAUUCGAUAGCCACGAUCGGUCGGGAGCUGACCACUGUGGUGCGCAAGAACUUUGCCCGCACGCUGCAGCAACUGAUCCAGCACGGGCUGCGGAUUCCGGCUGAAUCGGCGGCAUCUAGUUUAAUGGUGCCAUUUAUGCGAUGCCUGCAUCCGGGGCCGCCGUCUGUGGUGAUUCCGUCGGCGGCUGGAGAUUCGCAAUUCUUGGGAAUGGGUGGCCUCGGCCUGGGUCGAGCCAUGCACGCCUGGGAACUGGUACUGGCCUACUAUCAACUGAAGAACGGCGAGGAAUACAAUAAUACGCCGGCGCGCAAGCUGUCGCAGAGCUUCCAGCUGGACAUUGUCGAUGCCCAGGCGGUCACCGCCAAGCAGAGCCUGCUCAGUGCCGUGGGCAUGAUCCUGGCCAUGCACCGUCCCUACAAGCGGAGCAACAACGCCCACUUCAAGGCCUUUGUCUGCGCCGGACUCAAUUCCCAUUUGCUGGUGGAGUGGCUCAAUCUUAUACUGAGCUGCCACGAACUGGUGGACACAUACUACUCCUCCAGCAGUUAUGUGGCGCGUACAGGAUUUCGUGAUUCGUUGCGCUCCAUCGACGCCCUGUCGCGGUUCGACUUUGACCUGCCGGUGGAUCUCGCCAUCCGGCACUUCCGCAACAUCUAGGCGACUUGUACAUUCCGGCUUAGACUAGACUCGCACUAUUCCAAUGAUGUCCAGAAUCGAUGUAUUCUCUUCAGUCUCACUUAAUGUAUAAACUCGUGUAUAUAACUUUAGAUAUGUCCCAUUAAAUCAAUUGCUAAUCCUAACGAAA